UAUAUCAUCUUUCACAGGAAUCACUGAAUCAAAGAUCAUCAUGAGGGCCAUCUUCAUUCUCGCUGUUGUUGUCGUAGCAGUCUCCGCUGAGAGAUGUAGGGACACAGGUGACUGUACAGCCACAACAUGUGGUGGGGGAUCGACCCUCCAUUGUAUCAGAGAUCAGUGCACAUGUACCACAGCAGCAACUGGUGAUGGAGCUUGUACUAUGGCCAGUGACUGUCACGGACGAUGUGAUCACGGACGUGAGCACCACUGUAUUGAUGGCCAGUGUAGAUGUACUCAUUUUUAAAGAAAUAAAUUUUCAAAAUUUA